AUGGUACGCAGCGACAUGCAAGGCUGUGUGAUUGUGAUGCCUCUAGAGCCGAUGGAUUGCGAUACAAUCCGAGCUAUCGAUAUCUGCACCGCUGUCCAAGAGAAGCUCGAUGAUACCAGGCCGGUUUUUGCUCGCGGCCCAGAUGUAGCGGGCCAAGCGGGUAGCAGAAAUUGUCACGCACAGGCUGUUUCUUCUACUUGCCCUCUGAUUUUCGACGCGUUCAGACGCCGUCUCGAUCUCUCCGGCGUACGCACCUGGUCAUCGAACCCUUUGAGCCCCAGACCGCCCCCAGACCGCAAGGCUCUGAAGACCAAAAUCGGCGUCGAUAGACCGGAGCAACAGGCAACUCUGCUGCACCAAGUCCCGUAA